AUGCCGCGGGGAACGCGCUCCUCGCGCUUGCGAGCAAUUACGAACGACGUCCUGCAGGUGCUCCAGCUAGAGUCGCGACAGAACUUGCUCGUGGGCAACCGAGUUCGGACAGGUGAAGGACUCAGUGGCGGUCAGAAGAAGCGCGUCAAUGUCGGGAUUGAGCUCGCUGCCUGCCCCACGAUCCUCUUCCUUGACGAGCCAACCUCGGGCUUAGACGCCACUGCGUCGCUGAUGAUCGUGCAGCAGCUCAAAAGGAUGGCUCGGCUCGGUGUCACCAUCGUCAUGGUUAUCCAUCAGCCGCGCUAUGACCUCUUCACCCUGUUGGAUGAUGUGCUGCUUCUCGGGACGUUGGAGGACAAGGGUGGCCGCAUGGCCUACAUGGGACCGACAGUGCAAGCCAAGUCGCACUUUGAACACCUCGGCUUGCAAAUGCCGGAGCACCUCAGCCAAUUUGGACCUCAGCCUUUCUACAAGGUUUAA